CUUUGAAUUUAAAUCAAAUUAAUAUAUCUACAUUUUGUGUUUGUUUGAAUUUACAGUAUUACGACUUCACCGAGAUUGCCGAGGUCGCUGCACGCGAAUUUACGGAAUUCCUAUCGAAUAAAUUUCCAAAUGCCAACACGCCAAUUGCCAUAGAUGAACCGACACGCGCGGAGGUGAGCCGGCGGGCCAAUGGCAUUGCCAGCAAUGCCCUCAACGAGGAUGACAAUCUGUUGGCCUUUGCCAUCGCGGCGCCCAGCAUACACACAGUUGUUGUCAAAUUCAGGGACAAUGUGACGAUACCACCGAAUCAGGUGCAUAACAAGGCUUACCUGGGUUCCUAUUGGCGGGAAUUGGGGGCCGCCUGGAACAGCAGCGAUGGCACCAAGGAGUGGGGCGCGCCCUUUCGUGACUGCAACCUUUUGACGGGGCGCUGGCUGUGGCCAUUUCGCAUAUCAUUCACCGAGCACCGAAUCAAAAUUGUUGCCGCUGCCUUUAUAGCCGCCGAUGAGGAUGUGUGCAACGACGGCCUGGAGGAGGUUUUCGGACGGCGUCACGGCUGCGAUCGGAACACCACAUUUUGCCUGCUGACCGAAACGAAGCCGCCGGCCACGCGUGAUGUCUACACGUGUUUGUGCCGCGAAUCCUAUUACCUGCCCAAUGGGACGCUGCAGGGUUUUCCCGGUGAUCUGGUGGAGCUAUCCGAGGGCUAUGACAAUUACUCAUGUCUGCCCUGUCCGGGUGGCUGCAGCAAUUGCGACAUGCACGGCGUAUGCCUCAACUUUCAGGAGGAGGAUGCGCUCAACAUAGAUGCCUGCCUGCGUCUCCUGGUGGCCAUUAUCCUGGCCGCCUGCAUUCUGUGCUGUGUGGUGCUCAGCGUGAUCGUGUUCCGGCAGCGCAAGUGCAAGGCCAUUGCCUCGGGCAUGUGGACCGUGCUGGAGACCAUUCUGCUGGGCAUUGUUUUACUUUAUGCAUCGGUUGCCGUCCAUUUCUUUCCCGCCUCCACGGAGCGCUGCCUGCUGGAGCCCUGGCUGCGCGAAAUUGGCUUUAUUACGUGCUAUGGUGCGAUUAUAUUGAAGCUAUAUCGGCAUCUGGUGGACUUUCGCACCAGGAAGGCGCAUCGCUGGGUGCUGCGCGACGUCGAUCUGCUCAAGUAUCUGGGCACCAUGGUGUUUGCCGUUGUCUGUUAUAUGUCCGCAUUUACGGCCUCGUCGCUGGACCUGCUCGAGAGCGCCCAGCUGGAGAGUCUGCGUGAGGCCAGCACCAACACUUGCCAUCCCCUCAAAUGGGAGCUGGUGACGCAGACCAGCGAGAUGCUCAUCCUCUGCUUUGGCCUACAUCUGGCCAUUGCCAGUCGCAAUGCCAAUACACAGUUUCGGGAGCGUCAAUUUCUGGUCACAACGUUGACGCUGGAAUUUUUGGUGUCAUCCAGUUUCUAUUUUCUGCGCUUCGUCUAUUUGCCGGAAAUGAGUCCCAGCGCCAUUUUGUUGGCGCUUUUUGUGCGCUCGCAGCUGACAAAUAGCUUCGCCUUGGGUUUGAUAUUUGUGCCAAAAUUGUGGUAUCAACACAAGCAGGGUACCUCACACGAUGCCGGGCAGCGCCUCGGCGGCGGCUAUGCGGGUCUGUGCCUCGGCGAUCCGGACAUCGGUGAGCUGACCAUAUCCGAAAUGAGUCCCGAGGAUAUACGUGCCGAACUCAAAAGACUGUACACACAACUGGAGAUUUUGAAGAACAAGACACUGCGUCAGGAUAAUCCGCAUAUUAGCAAAAGGCGCGGCGGCCGCAAGGCGGGACAUCGUCGCUUCUCAUUGCAAAAAAAGGGCAGCAAAGAUAAGGCUUUAAGUGCCAAACAUCGCAGCAAUAAGCAUCAUCAGGAUAUUGAAAUAACCGAAGCGGAACCGUCGCGCACGCCCGAGGAUUCAGUCUGCAGUGCGGAGGGACCGACAGAUACCUAUGCCGAAAUAUCGGGCAUAUCGCAUUCAAUGCUAUCCCAUUCCAUGGUCUCCCACUCCGUUGUCUCGCACUCGAAGUAGGCCUUCAAACCACGCGGCCAUACUGUACAUAACUCAAGCAAACUAGAUAUAUGCUAUAUAUAGAUAUAUAUAUAUAUAUAGAUACGUGAAUGUAUGUAACUGAGAAUUAGGUGCAGCAUAAAAACAAAUAGCGCAACAACACAAACAAUAAAAGAAUUACUUUA